GUAACGUAAAAUCUCACCAAAAAGAAAAAUAAUCAGUGAAGAUGAUAAGCAGCAGUGUUAGUGGUGGCGACGCUAGAAGCAACACCAGUGGUAUUCUGUUUAGCAAUCAAAUGGCACUGAACGGCGAUAGGUAUCAGCAGCGCCUGAACCGGCGAAUGGUGGUACUGCCAGACGAACGCUCAGACGGAGGUCGACGGCACGCGUCACCAUUUAUCGAUGAUGUCAACCGGCAGCCACCAGCACCAGCAGCAACAGCUGCGUUAGUGCAGCAGACAAAAGAAAGUGUCGUUAUGCGAAAUAAAGUGAUCGAUCUGGACAAGAAUCGCAUAAAAUGUGGCCGCAAUAAGCUCUGGUCAAGGCCGCUGAGUUUCUCCGGCUUCUUCAAGAAAUCACUCAGCCAGGGCUCGAUACAACUCGGGGGUAGUAAAGAUAUCAGCAACAGAAAUGGAGGUAGAGGUGUUCGACAUAGCACUAAUUAUGCUGUCAAUCAUGGUAAUAGCACCGAUCCAAAUGGCAUCGAACCGUCUGGACGGAGUGCACAACUUGAUAUAAACUUGAUUCGGAAGCUGGAGGAGGAAAUCUACAAAAGAGGACGGGAGUUGCAGUGGGAUGAGUGUAACGCGGAAGCAAAAGAUUUCCACGAUUUCUAUUUUAGUCAGAGAACAUUUGGCGAAAAUAAAACGUUCUCCAGUGAUACUUCGGCUUACAAAGGAGACAGCAAAGCCGUGCUGGUAGUUGACUCACAAGGCUUGGAGCCGAUGCUGUUGAAACGACCGCUCAGUACGGACGAUGCCCUCUUGCGAAAUGAGUCCCGAGAAUCGGAAUCCGACUGCCACGUGGAUUCCACCAACAAAUCGAUCAUCAUCGUUGACAACUCUGAGUUCUAUCCAGUGCUAAUGAGGUACGAUAUUAAUAGUGAACUAGUGAACCGCCAAUUUAGGGAGCAAGCUCGAAAGCGUGACGAGGGAAAACUAAAAAUAACUACCCAAAUCGGAGGUAGUGCUUCCAAGACUGUGACCACGCCGAGCACCACAAACGCAUCAUUAACUGGCAAUAACAGCAACAACACUAGGAUCCCACUGUCAUCGUCUAAUUUAACAACUGCCGUGAACGGACCGCCAUCGGCCGUGUUGAAAACUGAAACGACGCGCGACGAAUCAGUCGCGUGUUGUGAAACCAAAAGUAUAAACAAUAAUAAUCAUGCUGCUCAGCAGAAGAAACUAGUCGUUAGCGCACGUCCGCCACCACCCGCAGGGUCUGGGAGUGGCGAUCGCGCUAAAAAGGCCCGCUCGAAUCUCUUUCAACGGUUCCUUCUUCAGAGAAGAAGUCUAAAUCUAUCAGUUCGUCGUCGCCGGCGACACGAGUGCCACUUCCGACCCCCACCAGGGUACCCCUCCUCUGAGGAAAGCUCUCUAUCCGAUGCAAAACCCACGAGUCACAAUAAGCUCAAAUUUGAAUAUCUUAAAAAGAUGCAACGAUAUGACCCUGAAAUUCCGUCCACUGCCGUCCCACAUCUCGGCGCUAAUCGAACCUCCAGCGAACCAAACCUCGCCUCCCGUUCGAACUGGAAAAGCGAACACUUCCUUCAGCAUCUCCAGCACACGCCCCACAGCUGGAGUACCGGAGAUUUGGACUCCUUGAGUCACCUGAUGCUAUCGAGUAAAAAUUUUGAAAAUAUCUUUGAAAGUGCCAGUGACAAUCUGUCCCGUCUGUCGGCCAUUGUAGUUUCGUCCAGCAGCAAUGGCUCCCCAUCGUCUGGUUCGCUGACAUCAUCUUCAUCACUGUCAUCUGGUUCAAGAAUGCAGUCACUGUUGGCAAAUCAUUAUCAACUUCUCCAAAGCAGAGAACGUGCAGCUAAUAGAAAACCUCCCAUGGGCAGUUCUGUAAUCAACGGGGGUGUAUCGCAACCCACGAGUGGAAAUUUUCUCCGCAAGAAAUCUUCAUCCUUCAGGGGAGUUCUGAAGCGAACCAACAAACCGGAUGUUGUCAACACGUGGAUCUAUAGAAAAAGCUACGAUGGUUCCGGCAACGGUCUAGGUGAGCCCCCGUACCGGGGGCAUCACGGUAGCCCACACUCGUCGCCGUCGCGGUAUUCCUACAACAACUCAGCCAAAACCAGCAUCCAGCAUUGGCGGACGUCCAGUGCCGGUGCAUCGGACUUCAAGCGUAACUCCCGACUCCGCAGCUCGACCAGUGCUGUGCCCGGGGGAGGUGCUGGGGGAGGCAGUAAUUCCAGUACCAGCAGCACCGGUUCCAACAUGGUCGACCUCAACAUACCGCGUGGCCACUCGCCGCACUUUAGUCCCUCGAGGCAAACCACGCAAACCGGUGACACGCAGACACUGCAUGUGUACCUGCCGAACCAUGGCUUCCGCAUGAUUCGGUUCGACGAGGCAUCCGAUGUCCGGCAGAUAAUUAAUCUGAUCGUGAACUCAAUGUCACCCGGUCACAAAACGAACCCGCAGAGCUACGCGCUUCGGUUAAGGCACAUGCUCACCAAAGAAGUGCUCUGGAUGCCACCGGACACCUCCAUGUCGCAGGUGAUGGCCCACAUCUUCAACCCGUCCUGUAGCAACGCGGACUGCCCCAAUGUGGACAAAAGUACGAUUGCCAAGAGGAUGCAACAGAAAACCAGUGGCGUUGUCGGGCAUGCGAAUAGUGUGUGGAAGGCUGAACUACGCGUACGCUACAUACCAAAAAGUUUGAAGGAACUGUUCGAAAAAGACAGAACCACGUGUCACUUCUACUUUGACCAGGUCAAGCAGGACUACAUCCAGUCGAACAUACCGAACAUUGAUCAGGAUAUUGCAAUACAGUUGUGCUGUUUAGGAAUUCGGCAUUAUUACAAAGACACGAACCACUCGUCGAAUGACCGAAAGCACCACCUGGAGUACAUCGAGAAGGAGAUGGGCUUCAGCAAUUUUAUACCGAAAUCUGUGAUAGAUACCAUUAAGCAGAAAAAUCUGAAGAAACUGAUCCAGGCCGGCUACAAGAAGGUCUACAGUUACACCGAGAUGGAGUACAUGCUCAAGUUCUUCGAUCUGCUCAGAACACAGUACACGUUCGAUCAGGAACAGUUCAACGUGCAGCUGAGCAGUGGGUGGAACAUUCGGGUUGAUCUGAUCAUCGGUCCCCACGUGGGUAUAUCCUACUCCGUAAAUCCUCAGGCACCACCAACCAAGGUAACUGACUUUGAAAGUAUUGAACGAAUAACGACCAGUGUGGUAUCGUCUUCACUGACCAAAAGCGACCAUCAUCUACCCAAGCACCAGGGUAUGAAAAAUUCCAAAGACCAACCAGAUCUCACCAGUUCCUGCGGUGGCAGCAGUGGAAGCACCGACAAAAAGGACAAGAAAGGGGUCACUUGCUCGUGCAGUGAAAUCAAGACCCAGCUCAGGAUCAAAGUCAGCGGUAAUAGCGAAGACCUGGCGAUCACAUGUGAUGGUAUUAAGACUUCCGAGAGUAUAGCCGAUCUAGUCGAUGGUUACUGUAGGUUAUUUAACAAUACUGAUAUUAGCUUAUGGGAUCGUACCGUUAUACCAAAAACCACCCCGAAUAGUAGUGCCACCAAUUCGCUGGAAAAGAAUCACCUAAGGAAGAUGACCGACUCCCAGUCGUCCGAGAAACAUGGCUCGAAUCGAUCAAGUAGCGACAAGCUAAACAACUCCGUUCACAACGAACUGGAGGCAAGUGCUAGUUCUAAUAAUAAGCCAACCCUGAAUGAAGACUACGCCGAGCUGGGCAUGUGCGACGAGGAAGGAGACUAUUCUACUCCUGCUGCUCGGAAUUAUGAGCUGGAUCGGAAUCAAAUCACACUGAAUGAGAUCAUUGGCGUUGGACAGUUUGGUGACGUGCACAUUGGAUCGUGUAGACUGUCGGGCAAAUCUUCGCUGGCCAACAAGUUGAAUCAAUCGCUAACCUCAGAAUUCGAUGAUCUGUCGCUGUCUGGUGAAAACAACAAUGGCGAGGGACAGCAAAAGAGUGGAGUCAUUCAAGUGGCGGUUAAAACCUGCAAGGCAGACGCAGAUUUGGCCACGUCGGAGAAGUUCCUGGAGGAAGCAUAUAUCAUGCAAAAAUUCGAGCAUCCACACAUCAUCAAAUUGAUCGGCAUCUGCAGCGGAUCUCCUAUUUGGAUCGUAAUGGAGCUUGCGCGAUUAGGCGAACUGCGAGCCUAUCUCAAGAAGAAUGGCCCCAAAAUGAAACUGGGAACCCUGCUGCUUUACUCCUACCAACUGUCGACUGCACUCAGUUAUCUGGAGUCGAAAAAGUUUGUCCACCGGGAUAUUGCCGCACGGAAUGUGCUAGUCAGCUCUCCGACAUGUAUCAAGCUUGCCGAUUUUGGACUCUCAAGAUGGGUUGAAGAUCAGUCGUACUACACGUCUACCAAAGGAAUGCUUCCGAUCAAGUGGAUGGCACCGGAAUCAAUCAACUUCCGACGGUUCACGACCGCCAGCGAUGUCUGGAUGUUCGGUGUCUGCACUUGGGAGAUCCUAAUGCUGGGGGUAAAACCAUUCCAAGGAAUCAAAAAUUGUGAUGUGAUUGGAAAGCUGGAGAAUGGCGAACGUCUGCCGUUGCCACCGAAUUGUCCUCCGCGAUUGUACUCGUUGAUGUCACAAUGUUGGUCCUACGAGCCACAUAAGCGACCGAACUUCAAAAACAUCAAGGAAGUGCUAUAUGAGAUACUCACAGAAGAACGGCACAGCGAUUGCGAAACGAUGCGCCGGGAAAAUCGGCGUGUCGCUGCUAUGUCCUGGGGAGCCGGUGACGACGUAGCACCACCGAAACCCGCUCGUGGUCCCAUGAUGGGCGACAGUUCAUCAUCUCUAUUAUCUCUAGCAGGCGACGGUUCCCAGCAAGGUCUCGGUGCCCCUCAAACCUACAUCAUUGCACGUGAUCCAGCCGUACUGGCAGCACUAAUGCGCGAGAACGAACAGCGUGGAGUGAAUCCAUCGUCCUACACAACACCUGCCUCGAUCCAAGAAACGCAGCAAAAUCUCGAAGCCAAGCUACGAAAGCAACAGCAGGAGAGCGAAGUCGACUCCAAGUGGCUUCAGCAAGAGGAGAGCAAUCUCAAAAAACGACUCAGUUUGAUCACAUCCGCCGCUGGCGGCGCAUUGUUCGAUCAGCAACAACAGCAGCAGCAGCAGCAGCAACAACAGCAGCAACAACAACAACAACAGCAGCAGCAGCAACACCAGCAACAACAGGAGAUGAACAAUGGAAGCGGUUCACUGUCCGGUAGUUACCAUUCCCAGCAGAGUCCACACUUCUCCCCACAAAAUACCAUGUCCGGCCCGCAAAGUCUGAGUGAUCACUAUCCAACAACACCAAAUACAACCGACUCAAGACCGCACACUCCAGGCUCAACAUCCGGUAUGAUCAAAUCGAAAAGUUCAUCGAUGGAACGCUGCACGACGCCCCUGUCCGGCGAUGAAAAGUAUGUUAUCAAAAAGAUAGAACCAACCCGAACGAUGCCGUUGGAUCGAAGUGGUGAUAUUGUCUACAUUGCUACGACCAGUGUGGUCAAAUCGAUCAUGGCUCUGAGCCAAGGCGUAGAUAAAUCGCUAGCUUUCGACUACCUGGAUUUGGUGAGGAAUGUGGGGAUUGAGCUACGGAAGCUACUCGGUGCCGUGGAUCAGAUCUCCGGUUCAUUUCCGGCACAGUGCCACAAGGAGGUGGAGAUGGCACACAAAGUAUUAUCCAAAGAUAUGUUCGAGUUGGUGGCGGCUAUGCGGUUAGCGCAGCAAUACAGCGAAACGACGCUCGAUGCUGAAUAUAGAAAGAGUAUGUUAUCAGCAGCACAUGUGCUCGCUAUGGAUGCCAAAAACCUCCUAGACGUUGUCGACUCGAUCCGUGUCCGCUUCCCGAACCUUGUAUUCCCGAAACAACCGAGCCUACCAACCAGUCCUAUCCAGAAGCAGCCGCCGACAAUGGCACCUUCCUCGUCGGUGACUCUGGCUACCUCAUCGGUCACCAGCAGCAGCAGCACCGUUAACAGUAGCAUUAGCAGCAGUACAGUUCCGUCCAGUGGUGUACCACCGACUUCAUCCUACCACCAGCAGCAGCAGCAACAACAACAAUUUCUAUUCGACCUGCAAUCGGUCGCUGCGGCCGGUGAAUGCUACCAGAACCUCCAGCCAAAGCAAAUCUUCCAUUCACACAGUUCACCACCAAGUUCACUGACGCAUUCCUACGAGGGCAACCAGGCUCAACUGUACACCAACCAACAGUGUGGAAUCUACGACAAUGACUGUGUCGUCAACGAUAGCAAACCGAAAAAGCCUAUGAUUGCAGCAAAACCUCCAGCAGCAGCAUUAACCACCCACAAACCGAAAUCUUCCUGCCCUUUUCCGCAAGCAAGCAGUCAGCUAGUUGGGGAUGAGUUGCUGAAUGAACCGCUCAAAAUCGUCGAGGAUCCAAACGAACUCUACUCUAAUACCACAACUACGGCCAGCGGCGGCUGCGUCCCUGCGAGCAGCGCCGUGGUCAGCUCCAGUUCUAGCAACAGUGUGUCCCUAAUGUCAUCCAGCAGCAGCUCCGGAGCGAUUAAGCUACCCGAACCCGUAUCGUGUACCAUCGUGCAGGAAAAUCUGCUAGCCUCGAAUAAUCAGAAAAUUAUGGCCAGCAAAUUGGGCUAGAAUGGAGAUACAACCACUAAAUUGUACUAGGCUAACUAGUGAAAGACAUACGGUAUUGUACUAUUUUAAGGCAAGGAAAGUAACAUUACAAAUUUUACUAUUCUUCUGAGCAUAACAUUCAGUCGUAUGUUUAAAAUAAGCUAGAAGGCGCAUAAACAAGUGAGCGGAAAUGUAUUACUAUCCGGCAUUAUUGUAGAUAAUCAAAAAAUACAAUAACGAACAAAAUAUUACAACAAGAACAAAUAUGUCCACGCUGAUUAUCCAAGAAAAUGCCCCUCAAAAUACUGCAUCAAAAUUAAAUCGCUUUCUACGUGUAGCUUUUGGACAUUUGCUAACGCUGGCGAUCUGCAGAAUUCCCCAUCCAUCAUCAAAUCUUAUAGUGAAGAACAUGUCUUAUCAAUUAGAACGACGCUUUUUCUUAAUGCCUGCGUUUCUAAAGCCUCCACAUGUGUAGUUCUUGAACAUGCUCCAUUUCUCUACCAAUCUA